CGCUGUCCCGCCCGCCCUCCUCAUAGCCUACUGACUAACCAUGGGCGGGUGCUCGUCCAAGGAUCCGAAGGACUACGUCGCGCACGAAAACCAGCGCGGGCCCGUGCCCAGCGGGGCAGCCGACGGCUCGCGCCACCGCCAGGACAACCAGCACGAAGGCGGCGGGUCGAGGCGCGGCCGCCCCGCGGUGGACGCGCCCGAGCGCGCGGACCGGUCCAACCGGCGGCCCAACAACAACACGGUGGACUUCCAGGAGUUCAAGGACAAGGAGAAGAACGUGGUGGAGACGAUGCUCGAGAGCAACAAGGGCCUGCGCAUGGCCGAGAUCAAUUUCAACGACCUCAAGCUGCAGAAGAUCAUCGGCGCCGGCGCCUUCGGGGAGGUCAUCAAGGGCACGUACUGCGGCACGCCCGUCGUGGUCAAGCGCAUGCUGCGAAACAAGAUCACGGAGGACAACCUGCGCAUGUUCGGCGACGAGAUCCAGCUCAUGAUGAACCUGCGCCACCCCAACAUUGUGCAGUUCAUCGGUGCCAGUUGGAACUCGUACUCCAACAUCUGCUUUGUGACCGAGUUCCUCGAGCGCGGCGACCUAUUCGCGGUGCUGCGGAACCCGGAGAACAAGAUGACCUGGGCCAAGCCCAUUCUGCGCAUGACCAUCGACACCUCGCGCGGCAUGGCCUACCUGCACAGUAUGAAGCCCCCCAUUAUUCAUCGCGACCUCAAGAGCAUGAACAUCCUCGUUAGCUCGACGUGGGGCGCCAAGGUAAGCGACUUCGGCUUGAGUCGGGAAAAGUCCGUGGAUGAGACUAUGAGCGUGACCGGCACGCCCCUGUGGCUGCCGCCCGAGAUGAUCCGCGGAGAGCGCUACACAGAGAAGGCCGACGUGUACAGCUUCGGCAUUGCAGUGCUGGCGGAGCUAGACACGCGCAAGAUUCCGUACCACGACAUCAAGGCCAAGGGCGCGCGCAACAAGAAGGUGUCGGGCAGCACGCUGAUGCACAUGGUGGCCUACGAGAAUCUGCGCCCGUCGCUGAGCAAGAACUGCAUGGACAGCGUGCGCGACCUGUACAAGCGCUGCACGUCCGACGACCAGUCGGUGCGCCCCACCUUCGAGGAGAUCGUGCAGUUCCUGGAGAACGACGUGCGCAAGGAGACGCUCGUACGCGCGAACGAGGAGAUGAACGUAAUCGAGGAAGACCAGAACGGCUCGGACGUAUCUCCCGAGGAACUCGGCGUCCACCAUGCCACACGCUACGUCGAUUAA